GACUAACUUUGCAGCAUUGACUUGUCUCUUUGGUUUUACUCCUGUGUUUGAGAAUUAAUCUCUGUAGCCCAAUAUAUAGCCAUAAAAACAAUUUCCUUCUGAGGAGCCACUGCAGUAUUUAAAAUUUACAGGAACUUAUACCAAAUACAGGACACAGUCGUGCUUAGGAUGGCUGACUUCAGUCUGAUUGAUGCACUACACGAAAGUACUCCCAGUGUUGAACCAGAAGUCAAGAGGGAUUUCAUUGCUUCUCUAGAGGCAGAGAAAUACGAUGAUGUUGUUGGAGAAAGUGUGACGAAAGAAAGUUAUGUUCCACUGCUGGAUGACGAUGAAACAAAAGCACCUCUUUCAGAGGCUAAAGAUAAUGCUAUGGUGCACUUGCAUGGAGAGACUGUACCUGAACAAGAAAAUGACGGGGGACAAUUGGCAGAACGUUCUGGAGCAAGCAAGCAGGAACCAGGGGAGCUGCCCAAUGGGGAGCAUAAUGUAGGACAAGCUGAUGGCACAGAAAUACACAAAACACCAUUGGGUGUGGAGCUGCUGUCUUUUGGUGGUAAUCAUUACAUAGAAGGGACAAUAAUGGAGACCAUGUCAGCACAGAUGAGCACAGAGCCUCCCUUCAGCCUUCUUGGCACUUUAGAAGGACCUGAUGCCGAAGAGCUUUUGAACUUUGAAUCUAUGCUAUCUCCUGUCCAUGAAAUGAAGGGUGCAACGACAUCUUGUCCAACACUGCAGCAUCUAAACUCUUCAGCCAAAGUUGCAGAAGAGCUGUCAUUUAAAGAAAAGGGAAGCUCUGAAUUGGCCCCACUUCCUUCUGAAGAAAUGGCUCCACCACAAGAACAAAUGCUUGAUUCCACAUGUCAAGCCACAGAUUCCAUGGCUGCAGUCACAGCACCCUUAGCAUUUGAAGAAGACCUGUGGGUUAAUCAGGAGGAAGUAACAAUUAGCAGCACCACACUUUCGCCGGCAGAACAAGAAUCGAUUACAGAACCUGCAGGAAACCUAAUGGCUGAAGUAAAGCUAUGGGAAAAAGAGGCGGCGGGGCCUGAUUUACCAUUGAUCCCAGCACAGGAGCACAUAGAGUCUGCACAGGACGUAACAGAAGAAUUUGGUGUGCCAUUCAUCAGCCUGAAUCGAGUUGAAAAAUCUUUCCACCCUGUAGACCGUUGUGACCCAGCUUUGAGUAGUGCUGGCUUAAUGGAUGAUUACUUGCUAGUUUCAGACAUGACGAAGACCACCGUUGCAGUUGAUGCUCUACUGCAAACACCAACAAAAUUCUCACCAAGCACCCGACAACUGGAGAACUUGGACUGUGAUGCAAGACUUCCUGCAUCUACUGAACCAGUCCCGCCAGCCUGCGGGAGCUUUGACUUAUCAGUGCGUGGCAUGGAAUUUACUAACAACACUACAAGCGCUACAAGUGUUGCUGUCCCACUUACAGAAACUCCACCUUUGCAACAGACCCCUGGGAAAGGUAAGCUUGCAGAGGAGGUUAUGGAAUUAGCACAGACAAUAGAAUCGCCAGUAGUAAGAGUGGCUGUGGAGAAGAAGAAGAAAAAGAAAAAACGCUCACAUCCCAAAGGAGCCCAACUUCCUGCAGUGGACCUACAGGCUAAAGCUAAAGAGGCUCAAGUAAUUGUUCCUGACCAGCGACUAGAAGGGCUAUCUGAAGGAGGGACACGGGAACGCAAGGAAAAUAUCUUGAGCACUGAGGGGGCAUGUAAGGAGGCAUUGGGGGUGCAACUAAAAGCACAGCAGGUGGAUAGUGCACCAAGUCAAAGCAGUAUUUGGGCAUCUGGAUGUUCAGAGAAUCAAAUAGCACAUCCUCCACUGGACAAAAGUAAAGCUCAUUCAGAGAGCCAAGGAGGGAGCCAGAGAAGAGAGGCAGCUCAUGCAGACAGCCAGUCACAGAUGGAGAUGACCUUAGAAGUGGAACGGAGCGAUAAUCCUCUGGAUUGUUGGUGCAAAGAAAUUAUCUCUUCUGAGUCCCUCCAAACAUCUAAGUUGGAAGGGAUAGAAGAGCCACCCGUAGAACAAUGGGGUGGCAAAAUUACUCCACCUAAGCCACAGAAACAAUGUGAAGUAAACAAGGUAGCACCACUGACUCCCAUGGAAUUUGGUAAAGAAUAUAAUCCCCCUGAGUCAGAGGUAAUACCUGCAAUGAAGGAGAUGGAAGGGCCUUAUCUAGAACACUUAGGUAGAGAACCUGCUUCCCCUAGGUCAAAGCAAAUGUCUGAGGUGAAUGAAAUAGUAGGACAUGGGGGUGGAGAAAUUUCUGCCCUUAGGUCACAGACGCCUUUUGAGGCGAAAGAGGAAGCACAGAUACCACUGAAACAUGGAGGUGGAGAAAAUAUUUCCCCUGAGUUGCAGCAAACAUUUGAGGUAAAAGAAAUGGCAGAAACCCUUAUAGAAACUUCUUCCCUUGAAUCAAAGAAAGUCCUUGAGGCGAAGGAAAUAGAAAAGCCUUCUCCAGAACAUGUGGCCAGACAAACUACUCAUUAUCAGUCAGGACAAAUGUCUGAACUGAAGGAGAUGGGAGAGGCCCCUCUUAAACUUAUGGAUAGCAAAGGUACUCCCCCUGAAUCAAACCAAAUACCUGAGGUGAAGGAGAUGUCACAGAUCCCUCUGGAUCAUUUGAGUGGAGAAACAGAUUCCCUUGGGUCAACACAAAUUUCUGAGGUGAAAGAGAUGACAGAGACCCCUCUGGAGCAUGCCAGUACAGAAACUGCUCCUCCUGAUUUAGAUACUUCUGAAGUGAAAGGGAUAGUUGAUACCCCUCUGGAGCAUUGUAACAAAAUUGCCUCUAUUGACGAACAGGUGUUCGAGGUAAAAGUUCCGGUUGAGAGUCCACUCUGUUGGAACAGAGAAACUGCUCCCCCUGAGUCACAGCAACCGUCUGUGCUGAAGGAGAUGGUGGAGAGUCCCCUGGAAUGUUGGAACACAGAAAUUUCUCCUACUGAGUCACAACAAACAUCCGAAGUGAAUGAGAUAGUGGAGAGUGCUCUGGAAUGUUGGAACAUGGAAAAGGCUCCCCCUGAGUCGCAGCAAAUGUCUGAGCUGAAUGUGAUGGUGGAAAGUCCUCUGGAAUGUCGGAACAGGGAAACGGCUCCCCCUGAGUCGCAGCAAAUGUCUGAGCUGAAUAUGAUGGUGGAAAAUCCUCUGGAAUGUCGGAACAGGGAAACGGCUCCCCCUGAGUCGCAGCAAGCAUCUGAGGUGAAGGAGAUGGUGGAGAGCCCUCUGGAAUGUCGGAACUGGGAAACGGCUUCCCCUGAUUUGCAUCAAACGUCUGAACUGAAUGAGAUGGUGGAGAGUCCUCUGGGAUGUCAUGAUGGACUCAUUUUUCCAGAGUGCACUGACCAAGUCACUCUGCCUUCUCUGAAACAGGAAAUACCAAAACUGAUGGAUGAUGGUGAGGGAAUAGGCUCAAAGGCAUCCCUGAAAAAAGAUGCGGGAACAAAAUUCCUCCAAAAACGAGGAUUUACUAAAGGUGCUUCACAAAGAGAGGCUGGAGCAAAAGCGUCUCCCGAACAGCACCCUAAAGACAGGGCCUUAAAGACCUCAGUGCAGCCAAAGGUUAUGAAGGUCCCAAACCAACGACAGAGAGAUGUUAAACCUCUUGAACCAGAGAAGAUUGGCGAUGUAAAUGUACAGUCUGAUCAGCAAGGGCAUCUGGAUGAGAGUCCUCGUCAAGAUGAAGCCAAACUGGAAGAACCAUCAGCAGAAGGCAUGACUGGAACAGAAAGUGCUGUAACCUCCAAAGAACGGCCAGUGAGCACAGAUACAAAGGGAAAGGCGGGCACACCAGCUGCAAAGAUCUCACCAACCAAAAGUAAGCCACAGCCGCCAGCCUCCCUUAAGCGACCUACAGCAGCUGCUACAAGCCCCAAUAAAAAACUCAUUGCGUCCACUUCAGCUACGACAGCAGGUUCUACUUCUAAGCGGGUUUCUUCUAGUCUGGUACGGCCUUCCUCUGCAAACACCAAAGACGUGAAACCAAAGACAACUGAGGCUAAGAGCCCAGUGAAGCUCCCCUCAACCAGACCAUCAUCUGCAGGUGUGACAAAAACGACUAGCAACACUAACGUUAAGAGCAGUACAACACCGUUGCAAAAAAUGUCCACUACUACUGGGUCCACUCAGAGAAACACCACGCUCUCCACCCCUAAAAGGCCAACAUCUAUCAAGACUGAACCCAAAUCUGCAGAGAUGAAGAAGUCUUUGUCUGCAAAAUCACCCAUGGGUGAGGCAGGUCGUCCAAAGACUGCUUCCUCAACCUCUGUUAAGAGCACUGGUACUACCCCAAGUACACCAAGCACCCCGCUGGGCACCAGUAACCCUGCAACACCAUUGUCCAACACCUCUCGGGCAUCCAGAACGUUGGCAUUGAAGACAACAGCUGCUUCAGAGGCCAAGAGGGUUGCACCCAUUCCUCGUGCUCCUUCAAAAUCCACAGUAGCAACGGCUCCAAAGCAACCACGGCCAACCAGUGCCCCAGCACCAGACCUGAAAAACAUCAAGUCGAAAAUUGGAUCCACAGAUAAUAUCAAAUACCAACCCGGAGGAGGGAAGGCGAAACCAAUAGAGAAAAGGCCUGAGCCAGUAAGAUUGAACCGAAAAGCUGAAUCCAGCACUGUGACUCGAGUAGCUAAAACCACAACCAUGAAAGAUAGCCAAAAACAAACCAAUGGCAAAGUCCAGAUUGUGAACAAAAAAAUUGACUACAGUCAUGUGCAAUCAAAGUGCGGCUCCAAGGAUAACAUUAAGCAUGUUCCUGGUGGUGGCAAUGUGCAAAUUCCAAAAGCGAAGCUGGACAUGAGCCGUGCAUCUUCCAAAUGUGGAUCCAAGACUAAUCUAAAACACAAAGCAGGUGGCGGGGAUGUAAAGAUAGAAACCACCAAGACUGAUUUCAAAAACAAAGCAGAGUCAAAAAUCGGGUCCUUGGAUAACCUGAACCAUACUCCAGGAGGAGGCAACGUGAAGAAUGAGGGUGAAGAAGAAUCAGAAUCAGCAACGAUCAGUCAGAUUCCAGAAAAUGGGGAUCUGACAGGACAAGCUGAGAGUGGGACACAGCAAAAUGGAGUAGGGGAGGACCCCACUGCCAGGUCUGACGAAACUCACAGCCAAGAGUUACAAAUACAGGAGACAUAUUGAAUCUCGCAAGUUGACGUUCCGUGAGAAUGCCAAGGCCAGGACAGACCACGGAGCAGACAUUGUGUACAAAUCCCCCAACGUUUCAGACGAUACCUCUCCUCUCUGCAGCACGUCACUGACCGAAAGCCUCAGCUCCCUCGGAUCACCGCAGCUUGCUACUCUCGCUGAAGAUCUGUCUGCCGCUCUAGCACAGCAGAGCUUGUGAAUUUUUUUUCUUCCUUUCUUCGUGUUCUUUUCAAACUACAUUUAAUCAAAACAAGAAAUUUAGCAUCAUUAACAGGAUUUGUGCUUUAAAAAGGAUUCGUUCCUAUUGAGUUAUUUCAGGGCUGGGUAGCUAUAUUGUACCCUUUUAUCUUAAAAAUCCAUAAUACAGAUCCAAGGUGCUACUACCAUAUGGGACCUUAAUGGGAAUAAGUUAUAAACUUCUGUUCUUCUGAGGUUAGAGCUGAGCUUGAUGCUUCAAUGGAGGAACCAGUGUCUGGCACAGCAUUUUGGAGACUAGUGGAAUAAUCUAUUGCAUCAUCUGAUUGUCAAUGAGCAAGAGACAGGAGAGAUGAUUCUUGUUAAAUAAAACACCCCAAUCCCAUCUGUAGCCCAAACAUAAACCCUGCCUUUCUAGCAAACGGUUGAUUAAAUGAAGGGGAUUUUCCGAGUUUUAUUUUUCUUUUUCUCAUUUUUUUUCUUUACUAAACUGCAUUCUCCCAUAAAUUUGAGGAAUUCCUUGUCCUGUACCCUGCCCUUCAAAUUCUGAUAGCAACUGUUAACUAACAUUAUAGAAAAUAAUUUAGCAUUCUGCCAAAUUUUCUAAUAGCUUGUGAAAAUCCUAACCCCAUGUUUUUCUAAAAGUCAAUGUUUCCCAGAUUUAUUUCUUAUUUACCUUUUUUUCCAAUAAAUAAAUUAUAACUAAUAAAUAAUAAAUCAUAGUCAACAGAAUAUUUAGAACAAAUUGAACUUAUUUGCACAUUCAGAAAGGAGAGAAGAGGAGCGGGAGAAGCACAGUCAGUUUGAGUUAAAGGAAAAUGUUUGGGGUGAAUGUUAGUGAGGAAUCUUCAAACCUUAAAGGUUUGUCUCUUAACAUUUUUUUAAAGAAAAGGUCAUUAUGAUAGAGUAGAAUCAUAGAAUGUUAGAGGAUAGAAGGAGACCAUUGAUUAUUUUCCUCUUGUGAAGUUCUGUAAUCUCUUGACUGUGUUUCUCACAGUGCUAGUCACUGGAUUCUUAUGCAGUGAGGACUGUAGUUUGAAGACUGAAGUUUGGGGAGUUGUUCAUUACUCACUUCCCUUUUAUGCUUUUUAAAUAAAAUCAUAGAAUCUUACAGCACAGAAAGAGGCCUUUUGUCUCUUCAUGCCUGUGUCAACUCUUUAAAAGAGCUAUCCAAUUAGUCAAACCACCCCCAUUCUUUCCCCAUAGCUCUUUAUCCCUCUUUAAUUCUCAAUUUCUCAGCUGGUUAGCACUCCCACCUCUGGCUCAAGAAAUUGCGGGUUUGAGCUCCACUCCAACACUUAAGCACAUUUAAUGAGUCUGGUGCUUCAGUGCAGAACUGCUUUCUCGUCACUCAGGUACUACAUUCAUCCUGUUGAACUGGGUAUUGCAAAUGGAAUGGGAACUGAGUCGGAUAAAAGGCUACCUCCACCUGAACCUUUUGAUUUUGUUUGGGAGUUCAACUGAGGUACAAGUAUUGGCAGCAGCUGAUUUGAUGCUAGGAGUAGAAUACCAAGUGGAAGCACUUUAUAACUCUUCAGCACAGCUACUCGUCAUUGUUCAAACUGAGCUUGGCUGACAGCAGCAGAUAGGACUAAAAGUAAUUUAAGUAUAAAAUUGUAAACCAGUAGAAUGCUUGUGGAUAUUUUUGCAGCCCAGUUUGUGCGUCAUAGACAGAUCUGUUGUUGGUCUGGGAGCUGAAUCCACCUGCUCAACCUAAAUUUCUGCAGUUUCCUCAUUUCUUAAGCUGUGAGGCCAUGGACCUAUCCCUUACCAGUUAGUAUUCUGCCUUUGGUGAGCAUAGCAGCAAUUAAAGAGGAAGAGGAAAAAAAAAAUCAAAAUACCCAAGAUGCUGGAAACAUUUGGCAGGGAAAGGUCUUUGACCUGAAAUAUUAACCCUACCUUACUUUCUCCAGAGAUGCUGCUUCUAUUUUUGUUGAAGUAAGAGAAUUCUGUUUUCCCUCCUACCCCUCCUUUCAAUUGAAUCUUUACAUUUUCAGGAACAUUCUCCAUCUUAGAAAAGAAUCAGACCUUUUCUUAAAAUAUAACUUAUACCCUUUUAAAGAUCCCCAGUUAUGCAACUGUGAAAAGAUUGUUUUUUGACUUUUAUACAAGUAACAUGGUUAAAAUGUUUAAUGACUGUAAUUUUAUUUUUUAAGCACCUCUUAUCCUUUUUCAAAAGGGUCUAAAUUUAGAGCCCGUGCCCAGAUGCUGCUUUGUUAAAAAGGGACUUUAUUUUAAGCAUCUUUUAUAUGGAUCACAUGUAAGAUUGUGUUGGUGGUGCCCUUCAAAACAGGCACUUGCAGCCCUAGCACCUGUCAGCUGAAGCAACUCAGUGCUACCCUUAAGCCCAAUUAGAAUAAGCCCUCUUCUGUGGGAUACAAAGGUGGUGACCUCUUUGCAGCUACUAUCCUGUUUGGAGGAGAAUUUGGAUAGAGGGAGGGGGUGGGGUCACGACUGGUUUCUCCACAUAGAGACUCAAAGCCGUUACCUGGUCUUCUUGCAUUAAGAACAAGUCCUGUUAGUGAAUAAAACAGAGGGAUCUUUUCCCUCAGUCUUUGCAGCUUCUCUGUUUCUGCCUCGGUGUUUAAAUAUGUUUUAAAAAAAACUGUAAAUUGUUUUAACUUGUAGAUUUCUUCAAAGUUAAUCUUUGGUGAUGAAGUACUGACUAUUGUAAAAUGAGUAGUGAUUUAAAAAAAUACAAUUAACUUUGUUUUCUAAGCAAUAUAAUCUUAAAGGUUGUGUCAAGUGAAGCGCUGCCUUGUUAGGAUAACUAAUUUCAGGCAGGAUGGUGGAGUGGGUUAGUGUCACCCGGGAAGGUUUGUUUUCAGUGAUGUUUGGUAUGGCAGGAAGGUAACUGUAUGUGGAAGUGAUGUUCGUGCAGAGUUACGUGAAGUGAUAAGUCAGGGAAAGAGAGGCUUUUUGGUCAUACAUGUUUUGUAGCAGUGAACCAAAUUUUAAUGGACUACGAGAUAUUCAAGUUAGUCACACAAGAUGGUAGCUACCAUGGCUAGUGAAUGGAAUCUGGGCCUUUGUGCCUUUUGUAUGUUUUUAAAUUUGAAAAAUGUAAAUUUGCAGGUCUUACUUACACAUGCAUUGUGGGUGAGAGCUGUGCAUAGUACAAUUGUGUUCAGUGAUUGGCCUCCCAAGAAGAAGCUUGGACCAUAAAUUGCUGAGAUUGUUUUCACCAGGUGAAGUUGGGUAUUUUAGUUUAGAAUUAAUGUUUGUUUUAUCGAUCAAGAUUUGGUAGACAACAUUAACUCUGGUGUUGCUGAGAAGGAUGCACAGUGUUCAACACUUGCUGCUCGUUUAGCCUCAUCUAAAUGUCUUUGUCAUGAAUUUACUCCCUCUGUACCAGUCUGUCCCGAUAGCAUCACUGCUUCUUUCCAGCCUUGUAUUGCAUUUGCAAUUGUAGCCUGCACUUAACCUUUUAAACACUAUUCAGAAUUGCUCAAGCAUUUAAUAUAUAAAUAUAUUUUCUGUUGUUGUUUACACCUAACUCAAAGUAGCUCUAGAAGGUGGCUGUUUAUAACAACAUUGCUUUAUUCUCUGCACUAAUGUCCAGAUGUGUGUGUGUGUGUGUGUGUGUGUGUAUGUGUGUGUUUAUUGGGUGACAGAAAGGGAUGUGUGGACAAAUUUGGGUUAUUUUUUUAAAGACUAAAGUUUGUGCGUACGUUUGUGUGUUUAGAACAUACACCAAUGGAAAGAUAGCAAACUCACUUUAAUUGGUCCUUAGAUCAAUGACUUCAGCACUAUGGUAAUGUACAACUUGUUCCCAAGUGCAUUUUUAUUUUUGUGGUUGAGGGUGGGGUGUAAUAUUUGAGAGCUGCCUGGGGAUGACUGGGAUUCCAGUGAAUUGCUGUCCAGGAGUAGUUGGGAUUCCUGACUCCCUAAUGUGGUACACUUUUCAUUGAUGUGCUGUUGGUUUUUCCCUCUUUAACCUGUUGCCCCCCUCCUCUCUCAAAAGCAGUGACUCCUGCUGGGGCUGUACCAUGUGGUGGGUGAAGCUAGUUCUGGUUUACUCACCAAUGUGGUGGUUCCCAAUGAACAGACCCUCAAUUGGCACCUCAAUGCACAUAUUUCCAGCAGAUCCCAUUAGAUUGCAGGCAGUAGACCUCCCCAAACCAGUGGGAUCAUCAGUUAAAAUUGUGUCCCUUGAGAAUAUUAUAUUGGCUUUUCAAGGUUUGUCCUGUGGACCAGGUUCAGACCCCCUUGUUUUGUUAGUUUAUCUCAAUGGGCUCAGCAAUUGAUGCAGUGUAACUCUUUCGAGUACAAACCCAUUUCCAUCUGUUCCUAUUCAGAUGAAGUUACAUUGUUUCAUAGUGAGAUUUGAACUCUUAAUCUUAGGGUUACAAACCCAGUACCAUAACCACUUGGCUAUUUAGGCCAAGCCCUGAUGCAGUGUAGUUGGCUGCUGUGGAUCCCUUGGGAUUAUGGAUUAUCUGCCAGAUCAUCAUGUUUCCAGAAGAUCUCAGCUGCAAAGUUUCACACGUGAUUACAGGCCAACAAUGAGAUCACCUUUGCUAAUGAGCCCGGUGUUGGAACAACCUGCCUCUCAUUGGGUUUGUGCACACAAUGUCUGGGGAGGACUAAUGGAGCCCAACAAGAGUCAGCACCCUUCAAGAGAGGAAGGGAUGGAACUUAACGAGUGAUGUUAAAAAAACUAGAGGUAUUAAUGACGUUUAUUGGGGUUUUUUGUUGGAUUUUAGAAGCAUCUUCAUUGUAAAUCAGUCCGCUUUGUCCUUUCCUUCAAACUUCCUUAGAGGAAAAAAAAGGUUAGGGUACAUGUUCGGUGGGCCCUUCCCUGUUUUCAAUAACUUGUUAAAAAUCCAUUGCUAAGAGCUGUUGCUAUCUGACUUUACUACAUUUACUGGUGGAACUAGGUUUGAUUCAUUUCAGUACAAAAAUAAUACUUUUGCACAGAAUUGAUUUUAGGAUAAAAGUGGGAUUGCUGUGGGCCUGAGAAUCCCAUGAGAGAUUGGUUCAGGUUUACAAUUGUGUUGAAAAAUGCUAUCUUAAAAUUUUAUGCAUCCAGCAGUUUGUAAAGAAUUGUACAAUCCGCUCAGUGAGAGUAUUUCAGAUGUUACGUGCAUGUGUACUUGUUAACAGGAUCAAUUUUAAUGUGAUGUUCGUGCUGCUGUGAUUGUGAUUUUUGUUUUAGUUGCAUUGCCUUUGUGUGGUUUAAUGUGAAUUGGUCUGUGUCAGGAGCAAGUGACAACCCCUUGACAUCGUCUGAAUGCCGUUUGUCUUCUUGAAACCGCCAGUACCACUUCCCGGUAUCACCUGGAGUUAGCACGAAGCUAUUGCAGUGGGAAUGUGGACAGUCAUGCUAAUCUGAAGUAGCAGUAGAAACUCCACAAUUGGCUGGGGGAGAGGGCAGGGAGAGUGUAGGGUGGGAAAUAGCCUGGGUUUCCAUUCCCAAUGGCUAUUCGACGACUGACUCUGGGGUUAAUGUACCUAAUAGAUGGCCAGAGAAAAGAGAUGUAAGCUCUGAUUCCUUUUAUAGAUGAAUAACCCACUUAGACUUGCAUGUGAUGAAUAGUCAUGGGCUGGGUGCCCACAGAGGCAGGAUCCAAUUCUUCAGGACAUGAAGGGAGUGGGAAAAUCCUGGCAGGCGGUAAAGGAUGGUCUUUAACGAGGCCAGUUUGGGGAAUGUGUAAAUGGUUUGGUAUUUCAGUAAUCUGUGGGAUCUGAUUGCAGAGGUCAUGUUUGAUUUAACCUACAAUGUUGUCCACAUCUUGGUGUUUCCCACUCCUUCCCCCCAAAACAUUACUCCUGUUACUUGACCACUGUGAUUCCUGGCCAUACUGGGCCAUACUCUCCAGAAUGAAUUUAUUUGCUUGUGAAUUGUUCCUUUAAAUUAAUAUUGAUAUAUUAAAUUUUUAAAAUCUGCAUGUGCUACCUAGAUUUCUAAAAACAAAACAAAAAAAAUCUUAUAUGGAAUUUUAGCUAACAGCUUUUGUUGGUUGGGGGGUGGGGGGAGCAGUGAAAUGUUCAGGCCACUGAUGGUUUGCACUCCGAGCCAGGUGUCCCCGGGAGUGUGGAACCCAGUGUGAUCUGCAUCAGAUUACAGAGCAGGUGUGAUGUGACAUACAAUGUGAUUGAUGUUUAAUGAUGUAGAUUCUGAUAUAUAUAAAUAUUAAAAAAAAACUGCAGUCCACUCCAGAACCAUCCCCUUAAAAAGACAUGUUCGUGUCCAGAGUGAGACUGGAUGGCUUGUGGCUUUUUUAAAGUUAUGGAGAGCCAGUGUCUCCGACAGCCUACACAGAAACAAAACACUUCAAACGCUGGCUGUCCUUUUAAAGUAAGAGUCUCACCAUCCAAAUGUCAGUUUUUGAGUGAGAACAAUUUUAAUUUAAAGGGAUUUGAUUUCCCCUCAACAGAAAGUUGAAAGUAUUGGUCCUUUCUCAUCACUAACUCUGCAUUCAUUGUAUCUAGGUCCCCCUGUUCAUGGUUCUCCUCUCUCUCAUACUUCAGAACAGUGAUUCCUUCAAAUGCUUUUUCCUCCCGCCACAAUCAGUUACACAGUCCAUAAAACAAAAACAAAUCAUCAGAAAAGAGAUGUGACAAAAGCACCUACUGAUCUUUAGUAAGACAAGGCAGGGAUGAGAAAAGGCCAUUGUUGUAGUACAACCAUCAGUUUCCUCCAACACCCUCUCCCCUCCGCUUUCUCUUUCUCUUCAUUUUUCCUUAUCCCUAACCAUCUGCAUUUUGGACUAUGGCAGUCAGUAGUUAACUCUGUCAGUUUAUUCCAAUGAUUUUCAUUCUUUAAGAAAUUCUUCUUGAAGUCUUUUUUUCCCUACAGUUUUACAUAUAUGUUUUUUAAGUGAGGGUAAAGUUUGUGAUGGUGAGACUCUAAAGAUCUUGAGAUUUCAGUUUGUUUCACUUGUGCCCUUUCAAAAUUCCUUUGUAGUUAUUUUAACCGAACCAUCGCUUCCCAACAAAGAAACUUGAUGAAGCUUUGAGCAUCCAACUGCUAAGGUCACAAACAUAAUUUCAAGGCACGAAUUCUUUACAAUAAAGGACUUUUUGUUGUUUUUACAACUUGAAAUGAGAGAAGCGAGACUUUAAAAAACAUAACCUGUUACUAAAGACCGAGGAACAUGAAUUGACAUUUGUGUUUUGUGUGUUUUUUUGAAAUCUGUAAAUGGAUUUUAAAAACAGUAAAUGGCUCCAGCAGUGAGUAUCUGGGUGAGGUUGUACAGUAUUUCUGCUGCUGCUGUUGUCCACACAUUUAAUGUUCCAGAAUUUUCUUCUCGCUUUUGCUGUUUGGCCGCUGAUAAGCAACAUUCACGUGGCAGAACUCAAUUCCCAUUGUUCAGUCCUUAUUGUAUAAGUAAAGGUUUGAAAUAAAGCUUAUAUGUUGAUGUUA